UGCUGAAAGGUGGAGCCAAGAGGGGCCAAGAUGCCACAGCAGAAGGACAUCGUGAAGAUAGCCAUCCAGAUGCCGGGGGCCUACCCCCAGCUCAUCCAGCUGGACCAGAAAAAGCCUCUGUCGGCCGUCAUAAAGGAGGUGUGUGACGGCUGGAAUCUCCCCGGGCCUGAGAACUACGCCCUGCAGUAUGCUGACGGCGUGCAGAUGUACAUCACCGAAUCGAACCGCCUGGAAAUUAAGAACGGCUGCAUUCUGCGCCUGACCAAGGCCCCGGGCCGCUGUGCAGAGGACUUGUUCAAAGGCAUCCAGAGCGGCGACGCCGGCGUGCGCUGUGAUUCGCUGAAGGAGCUGGCCGGUGUUUCCACGGACGUGACCUUCGCCCAGGAGUUCAUCAGCCGGGACGGGCACCUCCUAUUGGUCAAGAUAGUGGAAAACUCAAACGAGAGUAACGUGAUCAUGACGCACACCCUGACUGGUUUCAUGGAGCUGAUGGAUCAUGGGAUCGUGUCUUGGGAGAACCUCUCUGACGUUUUCAUCCAGAAGAUCGCCAGCUUCGUCAACGCCAAGGCGACCGACGCCUCCAUCCAGCAGGUGUCCCUGGACAUCCUGGAGAGCAUGGUGCAGAGCAGCCACAACCUGUUUCCCAAAGUCAAGCAGGAGGUCACCAUGGAGCGGCUCAUUGCUCACCUGCAGGUGACAAACCAGCAGAUCCAAACCAAAGCCAUGGCCCUCCUGAUGGCCCUACUGCAAACGGCCGGGGACGCAGACAGACAGGAAAUGUUCGCGUAUCUGAACAAAAAGAAGCUCCGCCAGUACAUCUAUAAGAACAUCAUCCACAGUUCUGGCGCGGUCCAGGACGAAAUGGCCCACUACCUCUACGUCCUGCAGUCGGUCACCUUGAACCACCUGGAACCUCGCAUGAGGACGGCGCUGGACUGCUACACCCAGGAGCAGAGAGACAUGCUUCAGGAUUUGCGGCAGGCGGCGUUUGAGACGGAGAGCGAGAACAGCCUGAGCCACGAGCGCCGGCGCUCGCUCUGCGCCAAGGAGUUCAAAAAGCUGGGCUUUUCUAACAACAGCAGCCCCAGUAAGGACCUGGAGCGAACGCCCCCCGGCCUCUUGGCUCUGGACACCAUGCAUUAUUUCGCCAGUCGCUAUCCGGAUUCCUACAGCCGGUUUGUUCUGGAGAACAGCAGCAGAGAGGACAAACACGAGUGUCCGUUUGCCAGAAGCAGCAUCCAGCUGACGCUCAUCCUGUGCGAAAUCCUGCGAAUCGGAGAGCCCCCCUCGGAGACGGGAUCCGACUACCACCCCAUCUUCUUCAGUCAGGACCGGCUGAUGGAGGAACUUUUCUGCGUCUGCAUCCAGCUGCUCAACAAGACCUGGAAGGAGAUGAGGGCCACGCAGGAGGACUUCGAUAAGGUGAUGCAGGUGGUGAGGGAGCAGAUCACCAGGACGCUGUCCAGCAAGCCCACGUCUCUGGAGCUCUUCAAGAACAAAGUCAACGCUCUCAACUACAGCGAGAUCCUCAAGCUGCGGCAGACGGAGCGCCUGCACCAGGAGGAGACGCUCGCCCCCCCCGUGCUAGAGCUCAAAGAGCGCCUGAAGCCGGAGCUGCUGGAGCUGAUCCGCCAGCAGAGACUAAACCGGCUGUGUCAGGGAACCAUGUUCCGAAAAAUCAGCAGCCGGCGCAGACAGGAUAAAUUGUGGUACUGCCGCCUGUCCCCCAAUCACAAGAUGCUUCACUAUGACGACGUGGAGGAGGACAUAGAAAAUCCACCAAUAGAAACACUGCAAAAGAAGAUUCCAGUGGCCGACAUCAAAGCUCUGCUGACGGGGAAAGACUGCCCUCACAUGAAGGAGAACAAAGGCAAACAGAGUAAGGACGUGCUGGAUCUGGCCUUCAGCAUCACCUAUGACGUGGAGGAGUACAGCCUGAACUUCAUCGCCCCCUCCAGGACGGACUUCUGCCUGUGGACGGACGGACUGAGCGUGCUCCUGGGCCGGGAGAUGAGCAGCGAGUCCAUGCGCAGCGAGCUGGAGAUCCUCCUCUCCAUGGAGAUCAAGCUCCGCCUCCUGGACCUGGAGAACGUGGCCAUUCCGGACAGCGCGCCCGCCAUCCCCAAACCUCCCAGCAGCUACAACUUCUGCUACGACUUCAGCCAGACGGAGCAGUAG